ACUUGCACCGGAAGAAGAAGAAAAAGAAGGAAAAGGAAGCGAGGUCCGUCUUAUUCAUAGACAGUAUACUAUUAGAUAUAUAGCUAGCUGAUAGCUAGCAGUUUCUCUGCUGUUGAAUUCUGCGAAAACAUGCCAGUGAGCGAAGCGCUUGUUCGAGCCAAGAUUCCCCAGGAUCUGGCGAAGGAUCUGGGUGUGGAGUCUCUGUCCAGGACUCAUGCCCGCGCCUUCGCCCAGGCCUUCCUGAAGAACAGCAUUCGGCAGCACAGACACCAUGAGAUGAAAGACAUGUUGAAGCACAAGGCGUUGAUCCUGGGCUACGCCAGGCCCAAGAAGGACAAGUCCAAGAGGAAAAGCAAGAAAGCCAAGGGGCUGAACGCUCAGCAGAAGAGGGAAAGGAAGGUCUUCCAGAUCAAGCCCGAGCACCAGAGAUACGAGCUUUUCCUGCCUCUGCAUGAACUCUGGAGACAGUACGUCAUCGACCUGUGCGGUGGUUUGAAACCAACGAGCAAUCCACAGUUAGUGCAACAGAAGCUUCUGAAGGCGGACUUCCACGGUGCCAUCAUCACAGUGGUCCGAUCUAAGUGCCCAUCAUAUGUAGGAACGACAGGGAUUCUGGUCCAAGAGUUCAAACACGUCUUCAAAAUCAUCACCAAAGAAAACAAACUGAAAGUGAUCCCUAAGAGGAACAGCGUGUUUGCAGUGGAGGUCAACGGCUUCGUCUCCCACAUCUAUGGAAGCAAGUUUGAGCAGCGAGCCAGUGAACGCUCCGCCAAGAAGUUUAAAGUGAGAGGAACCAUCGACCUGUGAUGCAUCACUACAGGAAGCUGUUUUCCAUUCCUACAGGAAGCUGUGUGCCUCAAUGAAAGAGCCAUUAGACGCUCAGACUUCUACUGACCGUCUAACCGCAAUCGGAAGGAACUGCCACAACAAUGACCAACGUGUAGCUGGUGCAUUGUGGUUAUUUAUUGUCUAUGGCAGUGGUUCCUAAAGUGGGGUCCGUGGGGCGCGGGUUCCAGGAGGUCCCCAGAAAAUAUUCAAAAACAUAUUUUUUACUUUAUUUUUCAUACCACAUACUGUAAAACCACAUCUUAAAGAUAUGUUUACAGCUUUUGGUUCAGUUUUCACCUUGCUGAAUAUUGACAGCUUUCACAAAUGGGUAUGAAAUGUUGAUCAAAUACGUAUCUGACGCACUGUAAUACAGAUGUAGACUACUUAAUCUGACAUGCCUUAUUUUUCAUGAGCUACUUGAUCCUAAUACUGAAGGUCCUGGUUCAAAAAUGUUAAGCUAAUAACCUGAAUGUAUUGAUAUGACGUGAAUGAAAGAGGAUCUGGAGAAUGUGGCCCCUGAAACUGCAAAGAGAAGACGUGUCACUCUGUUGGAGUUGCGUGAACUACAGAAACACUCAGUCCACUCACCAUCGUACAGAGUGGAGCUUCUUCCUUGAAAACGGAUCUUUGGCUGAGUACAGACAGCGGCUGCAGACAACACAGAGUUUAUUUCUGGUUCCUGGUUGUAGUUGUUAACCUAAUCUUUGAUCGACGUAUGUGGAUUUAAACGCAUGCUUUUUGAUCAUUUUAAAUAUGUAUUUUUCUCAGGCUUUUGCAUGGCUGCUUUGAGACAAAAGGGAAUAAUGUUUUAUUUUUUUUAUUGUCAAAAAAGUAUCAACCCUAACCCAGCUAUACGUAAUAAAAGCCCAGCCCUGUUGAGUAACUCAUAUUGGUGUGCACUGAUUAAACUGUUGAGUACAAAACAGCAGUAAACCAGUAAUAAGUCUUUUUCAGAAGUUUGCUCACAGUGGAGUGAAGAAACAAACCAGAGACUUUAUUGCAUCCUUUUUUUUUUCUUUCUCGGGAGUCAUUGAACUGAUUGAUUACAUUUAAAAUAUGUCAUAUUAUGAGCAAGAUGGAGACAAUGUCCGCUGUUUAACAGCAGCAUUCAGUUUGUUUAACUAAUUCAGUUUGAUUAUGUGAUGUUUAUUGUACAGUAGAGGACAGCGCACCCUUUUUGUAACAGAACAUGUGAAACAUUGUUGGCUGUACGCUGUACUGGACUGAAUACAAAUACAACUCUUUCUCUGUGUACUUCCCUCCUCCUGGAGAUGUCUAACACUUUGCCUCUCACACGUUUCCUUGUUAGAGAACUCGUCUAUAGCCACAUAUUCACUGAGCUGAAGGAGACUGUGCUUCCACAGUGCAGAAUUGUAGUAGACACAAACACUUUUUGUCAGCGUGCUAUUUAAGUGCACCUGAGAGGCCUGCAGCAGGCAGAGGUUUCGCUCAGAUCAGAUUACAGAUCAAGAUUAAUAACCCUGCAGAAUCCAGACUUUCAGGUUUGUAUCUGGUACAUUGUGUGAAGCUAGGCUUCUCUACCCCUUUAAAAAUUAUUUUUAUAAAACGAUGGAGUCUAAUCUCCAAAGACUGUACAUUACAUAUUAUGUAUAUGUACAAAUAAACCUUUGCAUAUCUGCAACGAAGUCUCUCCUGGUUGAAAUGCACUGGCCAAUUUGGACAAUUUGGAGCAGUGAAAAUAAUAAAAAUGAGUGAUGGCUGAAUUCCAUUAGUUUCAGGGUCCUGCAUACUGGCUUACUGUCAGGACUGACUGGGACACUUAAAUAGAACAGAACCAGCAUUCAUGUAAUUAGCAACACCUGUGCUUCUCCCUUCUGCUGUAGAAAGUGCCUACUAUUCUAUCUCAACUGCACAGUGGAAGAACAGAAUUCCCCUCAGCCCAUGUUAAUAAAGUCAUUGUGAUUAAAA